CUUUCUGGAACACACCCCUGGGCUGAACUGGCUAGCCACAUGGUUACGAGCCGCCGACGAGGGGAUGCGUCAUCACAUGCGUCAUCGACCCGCGUCACUGUUUCUGGGAUUGCUCGGCACACGCUUCGAAGUCUCUACACGUGUCUGCAAUAGCCGCAGCCCUGCAUUCUAAAACGGAAGACGAGUAUUUCACCAUGAGCUCAGAUGAUGGUGACUUGGAAAACCUGGCAGAGCUGGAAGAAAAAAACAGGCUCAUCAACCAGGUGCUGGAGCUACAGCACACAUUAGAGGACUUGUCCACCCGAGUGGACACCGUUAAAGAAGAGAACCUGAAGCUGAAGUCGGAGAACCAGGUUCUGGGUCAGUACAUAGAGAACCUAAUGUCAGCCUCCAGCGUCUUUCAGACCACUGACACCAAGAGCAAACGAAAGUAGCAAAACGUUUGCCCCCCGUUUGCCCUUCACACACACAGUCCCUAAUGUUUGCCCCAAACAAUCUGAAUAACUGGAUUUUUGGACCUGUGAAUACACUGCAGUUUAAACUAGUCCCCCCUAAUCUACAUGGCUUUGACCAGGUUUAGCAUGCUAUCACUGAUGCACAUUCUUAAACUACAGAAAGUAUAAUGUUUCAAACCAAAACAACUAAGAUGCAAGAAUUCUGACACUACUCUUAAACUUAAACGAAUUAAUAGGACAUUAUGAAAUAAAUACUUAUAUAAAUAAAUCAGAGACAAUUAGUUAAACUGACCAUGAAAUUAUGAAAUAAUCAAAAACAUUUUCCAAAUUAAGCUUAUUAUUAUGAAAUAUGUUUCAUUAUGCUGCAAAAUCUGCUCAUUAUGAAAUUUCAUAAUGAUGAUUUUCAUAAUAAAGAUUAUUACAUCUGCCUUUUUAUUUAAAUCCAGAAGUUUGUAUUUAAAAAUGUCAGCUUUUAUUGCAUAUUGCCCUUUCCCCAGCGCCAUAUUUAUUUCAUAAUGCAGAAUGACUUUAUCUGUCAAUUAGUGCUGGUGGGUGGGACCUGCACACCUAUUCGCUCAUCUCUUCACAUCCAUUUGUUUUUCUAGACACCUGUGGAGGGUUGUGUGGUUAGAAAUGGCGGACAUGAGUGAAGUCCUGCUUACUUUAGCAGAUUAAGUAGAGAGAUAUCGUUUACCAGCAGAUACUGUUUUGAGUUGUUUAGGUGAUAUUUUUUAAAUGCUUGGUAUGUUUUUGCUCUUUAAUGUGUUCACAUUGAGGAUGCCGUUUUCAACCAUUUGUGAUAAAUUGAGCGUUGUGUCCGUGUGUAAUAUAAGAGGAACCAUUCUGUUGGCCGUCCAUGUCUUGAAAUUCCAAAUGCAGCAGUAAGGACUUUUGUGCUGUCUAACAUGUCUAUUAGGAGCAUUGCUAUCAUGUUUAAUGCGUCACCCAGUACGGUUCGGAGGAGAAUGGGGUGUAGCGAACUUCCUAACUGCAUUGUUGCUCUUCGUGUCUGUCAAACUUUGACGCAUCUGAAUACAGUUUUAUGUUGCGCAGAUUUGAAAACUGCUGGGUUGUAAAUACUGACUGUGAGGUCUGAGAAGGUUGUGUAUUUUCCAUGCAUAUUGUAUUUGUGUCUGUGUGUAAUGUUAAGUAGUCCUAUUAUGGCCUUAUUACAUAGGUUAAAGCUCCAGUUGAACAAAGUAAGUUAUUAUGUAUGUUAUGGACAUCCUAGAGUUACAGUAUUUUGUGCUUAAUUACAUAAACUGUGUUAAUCGAUUAUGCUAACUAUAUACAGCUCGUAUACGGUCCAAUGUGUUUUUAAUAGGUUGUGCAGUGUAUAUUAGUUUAUCCAUCUAGCUCUACCGUUGGUUUAAGGACAAUGAAGGAAUAAAGAAACAUCAGACCAUCAGUAAAACUGUGAUUUUCUUGACUGGACAACAUACUGGCUGACAUUGUUUCAUUGGCCAAAUACAUUAAAUUAUGAAAUAGUUUAAUCAGUUUACAUAAUUGUCUCUCAUUUAUUCAUAUAGGUAUUCAUAAUGUCCUAAUAAUUACUUUAAUAUUGAACAUUUUCCAUAGUGAGUUCCAUAGUUAAUCGGUGACUUGUUUCCAUAUAUUGCAUCUAAGCUUAUAAAUAUCUUGUUUUAUUUAUACAUCUUUUUGUGGCAUUAAUAAAGUCAAAAUACUU